CUGGCGGAAGCUGCGCUCGCGGCGGCCCCGGUGAGUCCGCCCGCCGGCCCUGGGCUACCGACUCCGGCCCCGGUCGCCCCUCCUGCUUCCCAGGUCCAGGCCGUCGCAGGCACCAUGUCCGGCUACCCCAAAAGCUAUAAUCCUUUCGACGACGACGUGGAGGACGAGGACACCCGGUCGUCGCCGUGGAAGGACGCCCGCGACCCUCCCGACGGGCCCGACGCGCCCAUGGACCGUCAGCAGUACCUGCGACAGGAGGUGCUGCGCAGGGCCGAGGCCACGGCCGCCAGCACCAGCAGGUCCUUGUCCCUCAUGUAUGAAUCGGAGAAGGUCGGAGUCGCCUCUUGCGAGGAGCUGGUCCGGCAACGAGGAGUCCUAGAACACACUGAGAAGAUGGUGGACAAGAUGGAUCAGGAUUUGAAGAUAAGCCAGAAACAUAUCAACAGCAUUAAGAGUGUGUUUGGAGGAUUUAUCAACUACUUCAAAUCCAAAUCAGUAGAGACUCCACCUGAACAGAAUGGCAGCAUCACCCCGCAGCCCAACAGCAGAUUGAAAGAAGCCAUAAAUACAAGUAAGGAUCAGGAAAGCAAGUACCAAGCCAGCCACCCAAACCUCAGAAGGCUGCAUGAUGAAGACCCGAUCCCCAAAGGGCCUGCUUCUGCUGAGACUACUGAGGUUUACCCAAAGAACUCGAGCCUUCGAGCCUAUCACCAGAAGAUUGACAGCAACUUAGUAGACGGAUUCAGACCAGGACUGUUGGACAUGACACCUGCAAGUGUGUGGAAACUGGAUGAGCCCUCCUUCCCCACCUUCUGUCAUCUCAUACUUCCUGCUGGGGACAGCUUUUCUCCACUGGCUCAAGGCCAACCAGUUGGCCCCUGUGGAGUUUGUGGGCCUUGAGUGUCACACAAACAUGAAUCUCUCCACUGAGCCCUCUGCCUUGGGAAUAGUACCAAGGCAGUGUUUAUUUGGUGCCUGGGGUCCCCUCACCCACCUGGGACCCCACCUAUUUGUUACCACAGAGUGCCCACCUGGUUUGAGGACUAAGAUCCCCAAAUGAUGCUGAUCUUCUAUGAGACAACUUGACCAAGAAAAAGCCCAGGUACCAUUUUAGCUAGCUAGUUCAUUCCCUUCAUCUUCCAAAAGAAAAUAUCUAGAAGCAUUAAUUAAAAUUGAUUCUAUAACAAUUUUUCCUUGUGUUGGUACUUCCAGUAAAAUCAUUGACGCCAUAGAGCACUUGACUAUCUUAAAACCAAAUUCACAUUUUGAAGAUGGUAAAGGGAACUGUUUUUUACUGGUAAGGUAAAAACUUAAAUGCUAGUGCCUUUUUGCCUUGAAACGUGGCUUAUGUGCCAUUUUGGGAUCCUUUCUUUAGCAUCUGGAGUCUAUAGAUCAUAAGCAAAGCGUGCAUGGGGCUGUGGGCAUGGCUCAGUGGUCAAGUCCCUGCUCUUCUCUCUCGGGGCCCUGGGUUGAUCUCCACCACUGGGGAGAGAAACUGAAAAUGGUAACAGCAUGAUUACUGUUCCUGUAGCAACUUGUACACACUCCUGUCACAAAAUACCCAACCUUCCUGGAAAUACAGCCACCAUAGGCAAAAAGGGGUGCCAAUGUCCAUCUGUUCCUAGAUCUGAAGAUCUGACUAUGGUGGACCUCUGUGAGUUCAAGGACAGCCAGGACUGUAUACCAAGACUCUGUCUCAAAACAAUAUAGAGACCAACCCAUCUGUAUUUCCAUGUGUAAUUGUUUUCAGCUUUUCUAUAACUGUUGCUUUUUAUCAGAAUCGGGCCUUGUGGAAUUAAUCAUUAUACCUCAGUCCCAAGAAAUUAACAUCUGAGAAUGCCUUCCAUUGGCAGCCGAGUGUCAGUGAUUCAGCUGACUUGAAGCAUAAGAACAUUUUAUGCACCUUCCUUUGUUUUGUUAAAUUAAUGAAGCCAAUCUCUCUCCUUUCCCAAUCUUUUUUUUUUUUUUUUUUUUUUUUGGUUUUUUUUUUUUUUGGUUUUUCGAGACAGGGUUUCUCUGUGUAGCUUUGCGCCUUUCCUGGAACUCGCUUUGUAGACCAGGCUGGCCUCGAACUCACAGAGAUCCUCCUGGCUCUGCCUCCCGAGUGCUGGGAUUAAAGGCGUGCGCCACCACCGCCCGGCUAAAAAUCUUUUUUUUUUUUUUGGUUUUUGGAGAAGGGUUUCUCUGUGUAACUUUGCGCCUUUCCUGGAACUCACUUGGCAGUCCAGGCUGGCCUCGAACUCACAGAGAUCCACCUGCCUCUGCCUCCCGAGUGCUGGGAUUAAAGGCGUGAGCCACCACCGCCCGGCUCCUUUCCCAAUCUUUAACUCCAUGAAUGUGAAACCUGUCUUCCUUCUAUUGUUUAGCAUCCAAACCAUCGGAGGGCCUCGACCAUUUUGUUGUGUUCUUCAGCCUGGGGCUCUGCUCUGCUGAAAUGGUCCCUGGGCUGGCCGGAGACCUGCUGGUGCCAGUGCCGCCUUAGGGAGCAGGGUUGUUUUUGCAUCGCAGAAAGUAAAGGACCCAAGGAAGGUCCACAGUCCUUACCACGUGAUAAUUGUGACCAGAUCUGCUGGCUGACACCUGCAAUCACAGCACUUAGGAGGCAGGAGGAUUGCCAUGAGCUCGAGGUUUAGGAUGAGAUCUUUUCUCAAAAGAAUCAAUGGCUGUGGUGGGAAGAGGAAGAGAUCACCCCUACACUCUGGCCUGGGAAGGGAGGUGGCAGGGAGGUGGCAGGGAGGUGGCAGGGGAGUGGAAUGGCUUCCAGUGUCACAGAGCAGACCAGUGAACAUGUCCUUGACAUGUGAGGUCUGCAAGACAGACAGAAACAAGCUGCCUUCAGGAGGGGCCAUUUGUAACAUUAGGUCAGCUAUAUGCUAAGCGUGCUACUAAAAUAAGUGCACUCUCCUCCCUUCUAACAUGUCCUGACUUGUAACUUAGCAGCACUAGAGUGACCUCAGGAAUUGUUUUUCCUCAUUCUGUAGGAGAGGCCUGAAGUUCAUUCACGUAACAAGUAAAAAAAGAUAGCAGUGCAUUUUAAUUUCCCUUUCUCCUCAAAAAUGUGUAAUUUUAAGUGUAUAAUGUGUCACUUUAGUAAAAAUUUUCUACUUUG